UGAAGCCGGAAGAACAGGCGAAAGGGCGAGAGCGCCUCCCUUCGAGCUCCUCCUACGGCGGAAGCUGGACGCGGCUGGGCGCAGGGCAGCGUCAUCCCGAACCGCUAGUAUGGUGACCGACGUGCAGCUGGCCAUUUUCGCCAACAUGCUGGGCGUGUCGCUUUUCCUGCUCGUCGUCCUCUAUCACUACGUGGCCGUCAACAACCCCAAGAGGCAGGAGUGACAAUUCCAACUUCCUCCGCUCCAAAGCAGAGCAGAGACGGCCAGCGUCAUGCCACGGCACCCGACAGCCUCUUCCUUCCCGCUCCGCAGGACAAGAACAAACGGCCUGAUGGGACAAAAGGAAGGCGUGGCACAGCAGGGCAGGAGGAUCCCCCUUUUUUUGUCAAACAAAAUUUAUUAAUAAGAAACAUGUUACAAGACAA